AAAUUCUCGGCCGUUAUGAUGAAAAUCACAAGCAACCAAAAGUUUGAUGUAGCGAUCAUGACGAUAAUACUACUGAACAUGUUGACCAUGGCAUUGGAACAUUACGAACAGCCAGAUGAAAUGACCACAAUGCUGUCCAUCAUAAACUCCAUCUUUAUCGCGAUUUUUUCUUGCGAGUGUCUGAUGAAGCUGGCCGCCUUGAGGAUAUAUUACUUCAAAGAGCCGUGGAAUGUGUUUGACUUCUGCGUCGUUGCCCUAUCCAUACUAGGCACGUGCCUCGCGAUGAAGGAAAUUAUCGAGAAAUACUUUUUCUCACCGACGCUACUCCGAGUCGUCCGUGUUUUCCGGGUCGGACGGAUACUUCGACUCGUCAAAUCCGCUAAAGGAAUCCGGACAUUACUGUUUUCACUGGCGGUCAGUCUCCCGGCUCUCUUCAACAUAGGCCUCUUGCUCUUCCUCAUCAUGUUUAUCUACGCCAUCUUCGGCAUGUCUUUUUUCAUGCAUGUCAAGUAUAACGCUGGCAUCGAGGAGCUUUUCAACUUCGAGACCUUCGGCAAGAGUAUGACUCUGCUUUUCCAGAUAUCAACGAGUGCAGGAUGGGACAGCGUGUUGGCCGGGAUCAUGAUCGAAGCUCCCUACUGCAACCAAACAUUCACGGAGAACAGUCCCAACGGGAAUUGCGGGAGCAAGAUGAUGGGGGUGAUCUACCUGGUGACCUAUCUGGUCAUCAGUUAUUUGGUGGUUGUCAACAUGUAUAUCGCGGUCAUUUUGGAAAAUUUCUCCCAAGCUACAGAGGAUGUCCAACAGGGCUUAACCCAGGACGACUUCGACAUGUACUACGAGGUCUGGGGUAGAUUCGACGAAAAGGCAACUCAGUACAUUCCGCUUACCGAACUAUCAACACUUGUCGAUUCUCUCGAGAAACCGUUACGGAUACCGAAACCGAAUCUCAUGCGGUUAACCUACCUGGACAUUCCAAUAUGCGCCGGUGGGAUGGUGCACUGCAUCGACAUCUUAGAUGCCCUGACCAAAAACUUUCUUGCUUACGACACAAAUCAUGUGCAAGACCUCCAGGUCGAUAUGAAAGGGGGCCCCGUCCGGGUAGGGUACGCCCCGGUCAGCUCCACCAUGAAAUGGAAGAGGAUGGAUUAUUGCGCCAGGAUUAUACAGAGGGCCUGGAGGGAUUACCUAAAAAACCGGAUUAACCCGGAUAAAACUCGCGAUGAUGAUAUCAAAGAUGGUGGUUAUGGUAAUGAUGAUGAUGAUGAUGGUGAUGAGGAUGGUGGUGGUCAUGAUGAUGACCAGUGCUAUGGUGAGGGUGAUGAUGGUUUCGAUGAUAGUAAUCGUCAAACUGAUGAUGAUGAUGACGACGAAGACGACGAUGAUGAUGUCAAAGGUGCCGAAUUUAUUUGCUCAAAAGAAUGCUAA